AAGACGGUAGACAUCUUGAGCCAGUUUUGGCUGCGGACGGAGUGACGAUCGUCUCUAUUAAUUUUCACAUUGUUCGGAGAAAUCUGUGUCGUAUUUCCAAAGGCUUAAUUCGUUAGGAGAGAUGCGGCACUCGAAGCGAAUGCGUUCUCCGGGCAGCUGGAUCAGUGAGUACAGCUGGGAGGAGAGAUUUGAGAGCCGCAAGCGACGGAAGCGAGACUCACACAGCAGUGAGAGGGAGAACAAGUCUCGGAAACGCCACCACUAUAAAACCUACGAAGGGCAUUGCCUGGAGCCGAGGACUCUGAAUGAGAGGCUGGAGUGCAAGGACCGGAGAGCCCGUGAGCCCAGCUUGGAGAAGGGGUACCAAGAUGGUGACCGGGGCGUGGUCUCCCGGGAGCGCGAGAGGGACAGAGACUGGCACCACUACAGCAAGUCCUCGGGGAACAGCGGACGGAGCCGCCGGAGCAGUCGCGGGCACCGCCGCGGGCGCAGACAGAGCCCCUCCCGUCCCCGCUCCCACUCGAGGAAUCAUCGCAGGAAAAGAUCCAGGAGUUUUGAGGAUGAUGAGGAGGGUCACCUGAUCUAUCACAGUGGACACAUGCUGAGAGCAAGAUAUGAGAUUGUGUGCACUUUAGGCGAGGGUGCCUUUGGGAAGGUGGUGGAAUGCAUUGAUCAUUCAAAAGGUGGUGCUCGAGUGGCACUGAAGAUCAUUAAAAAUAUUGACCGUUAUCGGGAAGCAGCGUUGUCUGAGGUUGAGGUGUUGGAACAGAUGAAUUCGCUCGACUGUGACAGGCGAUAUGCCUGCGUGCGGAUGUUGGACUGGUUCGAUCACCACGGUCACAUUUGCAUUGUGUUUGAGUUGCUGGGUCUGAGCACCUAUGAUUUCCUGAAAGAGAACAGCUUCCAGCCAUUUCCUAUGGACCAGAUCAGACACAUGGCAUAUCAGAUCUUCAGAGCAGUGCGCUUUCUACAUCGGAAUAAGUUGACGCACACAGACUUGAAGCCUGAGAACAUUCUCUUUAUAAAUUCAGAUUACACUAUGGAGUACAAUCCAAAAAUGAAACGGGAUGAGAGGACCUUGAAGAACCCAGACGUGAAGGUGGUGGAUUUCGGGAAUGCCACCUAUGACCAUGAGCACCAUACCUCUGUGGUGUCCACCCGGCACUACCGUGCACCAGAGGUCAUCCUGGAGUUGGGGUGGAGCCACGCCUGUGACGUUUGGAGUCUGGGCUGCAUUCUGAUUGAGUACUACCUCGGAUUAACACUCUUUCAGACUCACGACAGUAAGGAACACCUGGCCAUGAUGGAGAGGGUGCUGGGUCCUAUUCCUACACACAUGCUGCAGAAAACCAGGAAGCACCGGUAUGUCCAUCACGACAAGCUGGACUGGGACGAGCACGGCUCUUCUGGCAGAUACGUGAGGAAGCACUGCAGACCGCUCAAGCAAUACAUGUCCUCCAAGAGCUCUGAGCACGAGCAGCUGUUUGACCUGAUCCAGAAGAUGCUGGAAUAUGAUUCAUCCAAACGAAUCACCCUGGAAGAGGCCAUCAAGCACCCCUUCUUUGACCCCCUGAGGAAGGGGAAGAAGUAAACAGCUAUUAACUCUUGUCACUGCCCUCAGCUGACUCUCCAGGGGAGAUUCCUACAGACUGCAUCAGUCCAACCUGCCACGAUUACUGUUGUGUUCAGAUGUUAAUUUAUUAUGUAGCCUCCACAAGAUCCAAGUGUUAUGCUUUGUAAAUUGUUUUGUUGUCUUUUACUAUAUGCCGCCAUUUAUACCUUUUGAAAAAUGUAUAUGAGAGUUGUUCAAUAAAACCGAUGUAGUAUAGAAA